AUCAGGAACUAGACGUUCCUUCAGAUUCUAAGAUGCGGAGCACCAAUGUAAAGAAGUGAGAUGUCAGCUCUCUCAGAGAUGGAUCCUCAGGACUCAAACCUGACCUGCAGCAUUUGUUUAGAGCAUUUCCGGGUCCCCGUCACCAUCCCCUGCGGACACACCUUCUGCCAGGAGUGCAUCACCAAGCACUGGGACACCCAGAACAAAGCAGACAUCGGGCCUAAGUGUCCGCUUUGCCAGGAGGACUUCCCCGGCCGUCCCCUCUUGAAGAGAAACGUCUCCAUGUCGGUGUUAACGGAGGCAGCGAACACCUCCUCCUCCUCCUCCUCCUCCUCCAGCAGGGAGGCGCUGGUGAGGGGGGGAGACGGGGGGAGAGCCAUGCUGCUGUGCGACCGACAUAAAAAGCCUAUGGUUUAUUACUGCCGGCAGGACAAGAUGUCCGUGUGCUGCGUGUGCGCCAUCUCCGAGUGUGCCCACCACAAGAUGGUGAUGCUGGAGACAGAGAGGGAAAAUCAAGAGAUGCUGCUGGAGAGGAAGAGUAAGGAGGUGGAAAAGCUCACAGAGGAGACGCAGAAAAAUAUCAGUGACCUGUCGGAUAAUAUCAGUAACGCUAAGGUGACUCUGGAUCAGACGUCCUCCUGGGUCAACGCCAAGUUCUCCUCUCUGAUUAAAAUCCUGAUGGAGAAGCAGGAAGUGACUCAUCGCUUCAUCGAGGAGCAGCGACAGGAAGCGGUCAGCGAGGCGGAGGCUCGGCUCUCUGAGCUGACGGAGCGAUGCAAAGAACUGAUCCAGAGUCAGGAGAAGAUCAGCGCCGUACGAAAGCUGCCCGACAACGAGCUCAUCAAGGAGUCUACGGUGAUCGAGGUUCCUCGUUUCAAAGACGUCCCCACAGACGUCACUCCGACCCUGCAGGAGCGUCUGAACGGCGUCACGGACGUUCUGUCACGAGUCUCCAAACUGGUGUCGGAGGAUCUGGAGAAAGCUGUGAGCACCGCCGUGGGUCCGGAUAAAGACGGUUCUCCGCUGGACAAGAGGCCGGUUCUCGCUGUGGUUCCCAGUCCAGCCGCUCCCUGCCACCCCGGGGGCAAAGAGGGACUCAGUGCAUACCGCUGCUCGCUGACCUUUGACCCCCGAACAGCCAACGGUCACCUGUGUCUCUCUCAGGAGAACCGGCGGGCGGAGCACCUGAGCUCCGGGCCGCGCUCCGUCACUCCGGACGCGGCCCGCUUCGACCACACCUGGCAGGUGCUCUGCUUCCAGGGGUUCACACAAGGCCAGCACUUCUGGGAGCUGGAGGUGUCCAAGCCCUGGGCCUACCUGGGGGUGACCUACGAGGCCAUCCCCAGGAAGGAGAAGGGGAAGAGGUGCAUGGUGGGAAUGAACGACCUCUCGUGGAGCCUCCAGCUGGACGAGCAUCAGAUCUCCGCGUGGCACGCCGGCCGCAAAGAGUCUCUGCCCGGCGCCUCGCAGCACCGACGCAUCGGCAUGCUGCUGGACUACGAGGCCGGGACGCUCAGCUUCUUCGGGGACGGAGAGGUCCGCCUCCACGCCUUCCACUGCGCCUUCAGAGGGAAGCUGUUCCCCGCAUGCUGGAUCGGGGAGGGGGUCAGCAUCACGCUCUGUCAACCGUGAACACCCACCACCCAAUACGUGGUUUUAAGCAGAAGAGCAGGCUGUUUUUACUCCAAAAAGUCCCCUGUUCCCAUUAUGUCCACCUGGUUUUGGAUUAUCUUAUUACUUCCUAACACGACAGUAAUCAUUGCUUAGGAACUGGUUUUUAAAAACUUCCUACAUGGUUUUAAGCAGAACAACUGACUGCUUUUACUCCAAAAGGUCCACCUGUUUUUGGUUUAUACGCUUUCCUACGAGCAGAACAACUGACUGGUUUGGGGAGGGGGCCAGCAUCACGUGGUUUUAAGCAGAAGAGCUGACUGUUUUAACUACAAAAAGUCCCCCUGUUCCCAUUAUGUCUUGCGACUGGUUUUUAAAAACACAUUUAAUCAGGGGUCAGCAUCACGCUCUGCUCACCAUGAACCCCCACCACCUUUUAAACCCCUUCAUACGUGGUUUUAAGCAGAAGAACUGGCUGUUUUAAUCUCCACCUUUUCCAGUUUAUUCUUAAUACUUCUAACCACACCACAGUAAUCAUUGCUUAGGAACUGGUUUUUAAAAACUUCCCCCUGUUCCCAUCAUGUCUCACCACAUGAAUAAUUAUUACUGUGCCACAUGACCAAUGAGGGCACGAGAUAAGUUAGUGCACAGAUGGAAGGCUGACAGGCAGGUAGGCCAUCCAGUCACGUCCCUGUCUCUCAGUGUCACGUCGCUGUGUAGAAUGAACACAUAUGCCGGCUUUAAGCCUUCAUUCAUAUUAAGACGGCUAAUAAGUCUUGUUUUUUAUAAUGAACCAAAUGCCUCUCGCAUCAAUGUCACGCACAACCAGAAAUAAUGCGUUAAAUUGGUCAUCAUUUUGGUUUAAAAGUCUUAAAUCUAGCUUGCCUUUAGCUGUAAGAACACUGUACUUAAAUUAACAUUUUUAAGUAGAAAAAACGACUUUAUUUCCCCCUUUAAUUUGUAAUGUCCGUGCUCGACUCAAUGCACAGUUAGCAUGUGAUUCGGGUCAUAAAAGCUGCGUUCACGGCAGGAAAUGGUGAAUAUAAUAAAUAUGUUUCUAUCUAUCGUCCUGUGGAGUGAAAGCAACAUUACUACUGAGAACACAGACCUGAAAAUCACCUUUUUUUUUUUUUAAUCAUGAUGGGAUCUGCUGUACUGCACAAAUGUUUGUAUCUGUUUUUUUAAACCGUGUGUCUGUCUUUGAGGAGUCUGCUGUGGAUUUGCACGAGUCGUCCGAACUUUAAGAAGGGAAAAGCACAUUAUCGGGGUUUGAUUUGAAAACACAUGAAACGUUACCCCUCUUCUGAAGCUGGAAUACGUUUAAUAUGAAAAUGCACUUAACCAGUGGUCGCUCUUUUCCAUCACUGAUUGAUAUAUUAUUUUAUUCAAUGCAUAAUAAUAAUAAUAAAAAUGCAUAAAAAGUGUUUAAAUGAACAAAUUAGCAAUUUUGAUGGGUUUUCUGAUGUGAAAAUGACAAAAUUAGUUUUCCACUAUUUCUAGGCACUUAUGAUACAAUUCUCUGUAUCAUCUUUUCUUUGAAUGAUUGUACAUACUUAAUAUGCUUAUUUUUUACGAUGCAUUCAGUGUUUUCUCCUCCCUGGUGCUUAAAAAACAUUUGGUUUUCUUCACAAGAAUGAUUGAAUGAUUGAUCGGGGACAUUUGUACAAAGAUCGUAGUGGUUGUGAGUCGGUGCACUACGAUGUGUUGAAAGUGGAAUCAAAGAAAGACAACAUUGUGUUUCACAUGAAUCAAGAUCCAUUUAAUAAAAUCCAACGCAUACAGUCAUCAGUCGAGAUCAUGCUUUUUGUUUCUUGAGCCAUUUUACAUGAAUUGUUCAAUAAAUUAGUUUGAAAUAAAUACA